AUGGAAACCUUUCUUGAUGGGUUACCUCAAUUGCAUCAAUUAACAUUAUUUAAUGACUACGGUACACCUAUUGCUACACCAUUGAGAUCCUUGGACAUCAAACUUCCAGAAUGCUUCAGAUUAACUAGUUUAUUAGAAAAUAUUAAUUGCUCAGCGAUAGAAUCCUUGAAGAUUAGUGACCCAGUAAAUAGGGAUGGGCGCUGA